ACUAUUACUGUUCUUUCUUUCAUUUUCUUGAUUUUGUAGGCUUAGGAAGAAAAGUAUUUUUCUUCUUUCCAUAAUUUUGAUUGUCUUCGUCAGUGUAACAGUAAUCUUUUCUUUGAUUUUAUUCCUUUCUCUCAUUUUCGUCUCUUUUUCUGAAUGUGAAGAAGGUUUUGGUACAAGUGUCCUUCUCAAAAAAAAAAUUUAGGGGUUAUUAAUUUAAUUUUGUUGCUUCAAGACCCCAAAAAGACAUGAACAACAACAACAGAUCUCUCAGUACGACUACCACCAUCAGUGAAGACUACAUGUUAUUUCCUUAUAAUGACCAUUAUUCCUCGCAACCACUACUCCCUUUUAGCCCUUGUUCUUCCAUUAACGACAUCUUGAUUCCCUCCAACUUCAACACAUCAAACAAUCAUCUUGACCAUCAUUAUCAAUUCUUACAAGCACCUUCUUCUUUUUCUCAAUUCGAAUUCGUCCCGGAUUUUGCCCUCGUCGCCUCUUUCCUCCCACAAAACAAUGGCCAUAAUGAUAACCAAAUCAUCACCACCAAUGACCAUAAUCAUUAUCAUCAUCAUCCAUCACUUCUUCCCUUGAACAACCCUGUUGGAAAAUCUCUCGUUGAGCCCUUGGAGACGAUAACCACUCACAUAGAAGAUUCCAGGAAAAUCUCAACUUCUCAAGACCCAAAAAUGAAUAAAGUCAAGAAACCAAGCAGAACGGAUCGGCACAGCAAGAUCAAAACGGCUAAAGGGACAAGAGAUCGUAGGAUGAGGCUCUCGCUAGAUGUCGCCAAAGAGUUGUUCGGCUUACAAGACAUGCUUGGUUUCGACAAAGCCAGCAAAACCGUUGAAUGGUUGCUCACACAAGCCAAACCCGAGAUCAUAAAGAUCAUGAGCAGCCUUUCUAACCCGUUAAACCAUGGCGGCUUCAGCAGCUGCGAGGAGUCUCAAACCCGACCGGCGUUAGGAUCAAUGCACACAUCGUCUGAUCUGUGCAAGCUUUCAUCCAUGGGAACAGUCGAGGAUAAAGGCAGCAAUACUAACUCGACCGAAACAAGGGGAAAUAAGGUGGAUGGGAUAUCGAUGAGAGGGAAGAGAAAGAUGUUGCAAGCGCGAACGCCCAUUUUGAAGAAGUUAUCUAAGGACGAGAGAGAAAAAGCAAGAGAGAGAGCAAAGGAUAGAACAAAGGAGAAGAUGAUGAAGAGAAUAUCACAAGUAAAUAUUUUGGAUGAAGAAGCUCAUAAUCAUCAUGAUGAGAUAGUCAAGAACAAUAAAAGCCAUGUGAAUUGCAAAUAUUUUGAGGCUACGCCCUGCCAAGAAGCGAUCGAAGAACUUCUUUGCAAGAACGAUGGUUUUGCAGUUUGCAAUGAAUUUCUGGUCAACAAAUUUAAUUCAUCAUUUCCAAUGCCUAAUCACCAUCGCAGCCAAGGGACAGCUAGUUCAAUAGAGAUUGAACGGCGCCGUUUUUCGAUUGACAGAUUAUAUUAUUUGCCAAAUUUCAUUUGUUAGUUUGGUUACGUGCCUUGCAGCAGCAGAUUGACAGACUAUAUUAUUUGCCAAAUUUCAUUUGUUAGUUUGGUUACGUGCCUUGCAGCAGCAGCGUCAGUUUAUGGAUCUUCAUCACUUCUUGGAGAGACCAAGAGACCUCAUGUAGAACUACCAUAUAUAAUAUGUGAUCGAUUUUACCGUUAAUUUUUAGAAUAAUUAUUUGCUGAGAUAUACUCUGAAUCUUAAGUUUAUAUGAAGGCUUCCUACUUAUUUUAGUGCCACAUAUUAAAUUGAUGUAAAAUAAUCAAUGUAUUUUGUAUAAUACUUUAAUUCUAUAAACGCAUUUUGUUAA